AUGAAUCAUCAAGAAGGACUUAUCAGUGUUGCAGAAUUAAAAGGAAAUUUUUAUUUAGCUAUGAAACAAUAUAUACAGGCGAUUGUUUAUUACAAACAACCGUUAGAACUUCGUCGUAAAUUACUUCCCGAAUCACAUCCAGACAUUGGUAAUAGUGCAAUUGCAAUGGCCUACGAAUUUUGGAAAAAAUAUCCAAAAUGUAUUGAUUAUUAUCAGGAAGCAAUAAAACAAUAUCAACGUACAUUGAAAGAUAAUCAUCCAUUGAUAACACAAAUUAUUAAUAAUUUACAAAAGCUUAAACAUCGAACAAAACAUUAA